AUGGAUAAAAAUCGUGAUAAUUUAUUGCACCGAAUAAUUAUAGAGAAAGUUAAUAAUACAAUCGACGCUCCACUCGCGAAGUUAAUUAACGAAAGUGAAUCACACGACGUUGCAGAAAUUAUUAAAAAACUAGACUUGCAAUCAAUCGAAGACGAUAUUCUGAAAAGUGCGAAAAGACACCACAAUGUCGAGUCGUGGAGAGUUGACCUCACUCAAAACGACUAUUCUGCGAUAAUUGAAGGCCUCAACAGCAAUUCGACCUCAACUAAACUUUCAGUGCUCGAUAAACUCCUCAAUAUCGACAUAGACACCAAACAAAUUUUCUGGGAAGAGUUGUCGCAAAGUCUGCGGAAAUGUUUCGUAAGCGCCACUUACGACAUUUUUUUGCGCACUCUUAAAAUCCACCACCGGCUCUCAAACACCUCAAGCGACGGUUAUUUGAACCUACUUAGAGGCACUUUCUUGCUUUUAAACAGUCGCUACUUUACCGAUUUCAAUAAAGUACGCAUUUUGCAAAGUCUCAAAGUUGUUUUGGACACACAAAAGGCCGUAAUGAAAUUUCUACUGCACGCUAAUCACACUACUAUUGACGAAAUUACCACUGCUUUUAUCAGCGUUCUGACGUACAAAACGGUUUUUGAUUGGUUUGGGGCACUAGACCCACAGUCAAAUUGGAUCCGGGUUUUUUGCUACGGUGCCGACAUUCGCAAUAUUUUUUUCAACAACUUAAAAGAGAAAAAACUGAAUUUUAUCAAAAAUGUUAUGGCGACUUUUUUGCAAAAAAUUAACAGUAGCGAGGAAGAUUGGGGAGUUCAUUAUGGCCACUUUCUACUCUAUUUUUGGCGAUAUAAUAAUAAUAAUACAACUUUCGUUACCGACACAGACGAGGGUUUUAAGGCAAUAAUUAACAAGUUAAGUCAGGGAAAAAGAACGGAACUGACGGAUCUCUUUAUUGAUUUAUUCACACACAACCCUUCAAUUCUCACCCCCCAAUUGUUAGAUGCCUUGGUUGCGCCCUUAAAUAACACGAACCGAAACAAUAUCCGAAAUUUGGUCGAAACAAAUAAAUUUGUUUUUGCCAUAAUUAAUAACGUCACAAAAUCGGGGAAUCACCGGGUUUUGUUCGGCGUUUCUGGUACUUUACGUAAAGCUAGAGCGCGACAAGUGGUCCGAAACGUCACAAAUGUUCCUCAAAAAAUCACCGAUUUGGCUGUAUUGCUCCUCAAAACGAACGUAAACACGAAUGAAUUAAAUCAGGACUUGGGCAGUCUUGAAAUUUUAUUGCACUGUUGUCUCUGCCUUUACGAGAACCACCCCUUAGCCCUCCUCCACGGAAAUCCCGCCAAAUUGCUUCAGAGUAUGAACGAAUUUUAUCAAACAAAUCGCAAAACUCACAAUACUUUUCUUCCUCUGUUUAAUUUUUUUUGUGCAAACUUUGGGCGCACAAUUAGGAUUUUUGAUUGGAAUUCUGAAAUUUACACGGAUUUGUUUGCGAACGUCCCGGUUGAGAAUUUAAAAAGUGUUAUAACUCGACUGGGGAGUGACAAACUGGGUUUUGAGUUUUUGAACAAGCGCCACAGACAAAUCGUUCAACCUUACCUUGAAGAAAUUUUGAUUUCGGACGAAACUGUUAACUCAAACUCGAGUACUAAAUUCGUGUUAUUUCUUUUCGUUGUUAAAUUAAACGCACGAAGUGCUGUCGCGUUGUUAGCUGACGAUGACGGCGACACUGUGGUCGAAAGUGAGGAUAAAAGUGUUACCCUGUCCGAACUAAUAGAGAAAAGCCUAAGCGAGUCCGUUGAGCCAAAUGAAGAGUAUUUGGGAUUGUUAACAAUGAAAGUAUUCAUUACAAAUUUAGAUCUGUUGCUCUACUUGCAAACUAAUUAUCAAAUGCAAAAAAAAUUGGAGGAAGCUGCCAGAUGCAGCGACAUUAUCGAUGCACAAAGCUGUUUAAGAGAUAAUAUUUUAGUUUCGUUGUCACACGUAGGGUUUGUCAAUAAGUCUGGAGAUACACCUCCCGUUUACGAAAUUCUAGAGCAAGGAAAAAGUGGGGAAAAUGAAUUUCGGGUGUUUUUGGAUGAGGACACAACUGGAAAUUUCAGCUGGUUGUCGCAGGCGAGAAAAGCCUUCAAAAACUCAUUGCAUCUUUUUGAUCCUUCUAUCUUGGAAAUUUUAUUGGAAAAAAUUCCCAAAACUUACGUUUACAGAAAAAUCGAGCUACAAUGGCCCCCUUCAGAUUCCGUCUACUACCAGUUGCACCCCGAAGACUUUUCUGGCGUUUCCUUAAUAAUCGAUUAUGGACUCAAAACUGGCUUACUUAAACCACCUAAUGAAUACUCCGAAAAUCUUAUUUUUCUGAUAAAACAAUCACGGGCUUUUAUUGGUUACCAACCGGAAAAUUUCACCAAUUUCGAUUGGUUUGUCGGAUUCAUUUUUCUGACGUGUUCGGGAGAUUUACAUAAGUGCAAAUCCAUUUUGAUUAAUUUUACAAACACGCAAGUGACGUCGCUUAUUUGGGCCACUUUUGGCAAAGAGUUUGAUUAUUUGUUACAAGAGAGCUUCCACCAACAUUUUGCAGUUGUUUUGGAAGAGAACUGCUCUGGCUACCAAGCCUUGAAGGUUUUAGGUAUUUGUCCUGAAAUCCUGCUCCAGUCAUGGCUCAACCAGUGCUUCUUUAAUUUCCUUCGUUUUGAAGAAAUCUGUAAUUUCUUAGCAUUCUCAGUUUUGUAUCCUAUUGAGUGUCUUAUGUAUUAUUUUGUUGCUAUUUUCCGACAUUUGGACGACCGGAUUUGUACAAUCACACAUUCACCUGAGCUCCAAGAAAUACUUGAGAUGUGCGACAUGAGCGAGUUUCGUUUAAGCGACCACAUGCCCCUAAUCGAGAAACUUACGAAAUGUUACCGCAACACGCAUAAAUUAUAAUAAAGCAGAAGUUUUGACAAAAAUGUGUAUUUUUAUCCUUUCUAUAUACAUUUGAACAAACUCAAAUCGAUCUAAACUUCUUAUCAAAUUAAAAUUAAUCGCCGAAUGCCGGAAUGUUAGUCUUCGUGAAUGUUAAACAGCUUCGCUACUUCAUUCAGAUCGUCAUAUUUCCUCUCAUCCUUGAGAACCUGUCUGGCAAUCGACAUUCGAUUAAACACAUUCCACAGUACAAUUCCUACAACCACAUCAUCCCUCAGAUAAAAAAUAACCCCUUUGCCGUAAUCCUCCUUCUUGUCCUUCUUCUCCUCCUUGUGCUCAGUCUCGGCCCCAGUCUUCUGCUCUUGUGCUUCCAUCUUCGACCUGAUCCCUUCCCCGGUCUCCGUAACUACAGCCUUGGGCGUAUCUUUAUCCGAAGCUUUGGCAAAAACCCCAACAGUGGGAAGCGACGAAUCGACAAUUCCUAUCGCUUCAUACCCAACAUCCGG